AUGCGGUCUCUUGCAUGGCUCCUCUCCCUCCCCAUAGUGGCUGAAGCCGGCGAAGUCCUGUGGAGCGGGUUCUUCAACGCCUCCGCGACCGUUGCCGACUUCGACAAAUGGUCGUGGUCUAACCAAGUCGGCGAUUGGCAGUGGUAUAUUCACGGCAGUGCCUCGACCGAAACGUACUUGGGACUCUCACCGGAUAACAAGAACCCGGCCGAUACGAGUGAUGAGCAGGGCAUCCGGAUCACGAUCGACGGCACGUCGUUCUGGAACGGACAAACCAUGGAACGAUCCGAGAUCAUCCCCCAGACCAAGGCGGAUCUCGGGAGCGGUCAUCUGUUCUACCAUUUCUCGCUGAAGACAGAAGACACGAAUGCGCCGAACCCGAACUUCGAGCAUCAGAUCGCGUUCUUCGAGAGCCAUUUCACAGAGCUCAAAUACGGCACCGCGAGCGGCGCCUCGGGGAAAGACAACACCCUUCGCUGGUGUGUCGGUGGAGUCUCGAAGUGGGAAACAGACUUGGAAGCGGGGAAGUGGUACAACUUCGCCUACGACAUCGAUUUCGACGCGAAAACUGUUGGAUUGUGGGCUUCGAAUGGGGCCGAUGACCUAAAGCAGGUUGUGUCGGCCGUCAGCGCGUCGACUUCGACAAACUCCGCGGAUUGGCAUGUUGGCGAGUUGCGCCUCCCUAAUGGGGGCUCGGAUGCGGCUGCGGAGGACUGGUUUUGGUCUGGCAUCUUUGUGGAGAAGGCUCCGAUCACUCCUGGUAUUGCCGGUCCUGCAUGA